AUGGAAAUUGAAACAAAAAGUCUUAAACUACAUUCCCCAUAUAAAUCCAUAGUAACACACGCACCAGCAAACAAACAACUCACUUCCCCACCUCUCAACACUGAAACUGAAAUAUUCAAAGCUACAAAUUCUUCUUCUUCUGCGAACACAGGUGAAGGUUCUGGAGAGUCUCUACCAAACAUUAAUGAAACAGAAAAUGGACGUCUUCAUAUUGAAAUUGAAAAAAUGGACGAUGUGGAGCUCACGAGACUGUUUUGUCAAAACAAGUCUGUCACACCACAACUUAUAAAAACAGAAGACGUGUGCGAACACCAAAAUUUCGAUUUUUUUAAUUUCAAUGAAAUUUUUUUGAAGAGAAAAAGCGAGAGAGAAGUGGACGAAGAUAUUUAUAGAACGUAUUUGGAUUCCAUUGAAAAUAAAGACACUCUGAAGUAUUCUGCCGACUCCACUGAUGACAAAGAACACUGCAAAAGUCCUCAAAAUGAAAAUUCAAUUUAUUUGGAACAAGAAUUGGACGAUAAAAAUAGCGGAACUCAAAUCAGUGAAAUUCAAGAAGAAACAGAAAAGAGCGAAACGGAAAUUAAAAGAGAAGAAGAAAAUGAAGAGGAAAGUUCCCCGACAUACAGUGACACCCAAAGUGAAGACCAAGAAGAUUUGGAAAUGAAGGAAAAUGCACUGAAAGAGGAGUCGCGGUACUCGUUAAGUUAUUGGGACAGUCCCUUUCGUGAGAAGUUGUGUGAUGAAAUUCUGAAAAAAAUAGAAAAUCGAAUGCCUUCACAAAUAUCAACGAUACAAACAAUUUCACAGUGUGGAAUUCAAAUGGACGAGAAGGAGAAUGGAAAUACUUCGGGAAGUGUGUUGUCGAGAGAGAACAGAUCGUCACUGACCCAAAGAAUAGAAGAAAUGAAAAGGAGAACGUCAAUAUCAUCAUCUUUUGUUAAUACAAAGCAAAUUGGGGAGGAAAAAGAGGAGGAAAAAACAAUUAAAUGUUAUCAAAAUAACAAUAUAAUUCCGCAUCAUUUUAAAAGUGGUGAUUCAAUAAAGAAAAUUCAAAAUGGGUGCAUUGGAAGGAAAACAGAAGAGAAUGUGGUUGACUUGAAUAUGACUGAAAAGAGGGGGGAAAGCUGUAUACCCAAGAAAUUGGAUCAAAUAAAAGAAACGUUUCUGUAUCGUCCAAACACUUUACAAAGAGAAACACAAACAAAAGUUAACAAUGAGAGUAAAGAAAGUUUCAAAAGUGUUGAUGUUGAAGAGAUAAAGUUUCCUUCUAAUUAUUAUAAUGAACGACUUGAUGUGCAACAAGAAGGACAAGUAGACGGCAAACAACAACUGCAAAACACACAAAUAAACGAAAAGGUCCAAAUGCAAUGGUCUCAAAAAUUGAAUGAAAAAGAAGACCAAAAAGGUGUGCAACAAAAAGAUGCAAAAUUGAAUGAAGUGCAUCGAAACACACAAAUUGAUUUUGAACUGCAAAGCCAAGUGCAACAAAGUGCCCAAAAUACGCAACAGCAAAAUACGGUCGUAAUCAAUCAAACGAGGAACACAUUUAAUGGAAACGCAAAUCAAAAUACACGAGAAACGUUUAAAGUACAACAAACUGCAGAUUUGGGAAAUUUUAAUGUUCAAAAUCACAUUGAAAAGAAUUUACAAGAAGGAAUGAGAAUGAAUAAUGGUAUUUAUAAUUAUAAUAAUAAUAUAAUAACAAAAAUGGAGGAACCAAUGCCACUUUUACAGGAACAACAACAGAAUAAUGGACAAAUGAUUAAUGCACAAGAAUUUACUACUUUUAACAACUUCAGUGGAAUACAACAACAACAACAACAACAACAACAAUAUCAACAAAAUCAAAUGCAACAACAACCACAAAAGACAGCAUAUUCAAGUCUUACACUUCAUAUCGAUAAUUUGAAUGAAAUAAGAAAUGAUAAAUACAAUUUGUAUGACUCAAAUGGCUUAGGAAUGGAAUUUCAAAAUGUCAAUAGGAAUACUUGUAUAACACAAGACGAUCAACACGUCGAUAUUUCAAAUAUUUUAAAUGUGUCAAAUCAAAUGGAGGUCAUCCCAAACAACAACAUGGAAGAAGAAGAUGUCAAUGAAGACCCGAAACAAAUGCAAAUGGACAAUAAAAUCAAUAUUUUUGAGUUUGAUCCGACACUGCAACAAAUUUAUGAAGAACACAAAGAUGACCCGAUAUUACAAUCGAUGUUGGAUGGUACAAUUCCUCUUCCGAAUGCAAUAGAGCCGAUACCAAUUGAGUCCAAUUCGUCAAUGAUCACAUUGAAAUUUAUCGAACCGGUUCAAUCGGGAACAACAGGGGAUGUGCAAACAACACUGCUGAAUGGUUUACGAAUUAUCGAUCUUGGGAAGUCGUGCAAACAAUCAAAUGAACGCCAAAGUAUAAAAAUGUUCAACGACGUGCAAAUUAUACGAGACGAAAAGAAUGAAUUUAACACGAGUGUUCCAUAUUUUGAAAUGAAAGAUGUAGACCCGAAUAAGCCGAAUAUCUCACUAAGUUUAAUGGAGUUUAUUGGAUACUUUGAAAGCUUGAAAGGGAUCAUGCCUCCAGUUGUUGGAGGGGAAGAAUGGCCUACUCGAAAUCAGGAGGGGACAACUGGAUAUGAUGAGAUAAGUGAUAUGUAUGAUGAUACAUGGGAAGAUGAACUUGAUGAUAUCCGAAUACAAUUACAUGCAAAUGUAUUUGAUAGUACAACUGACAAAUGCGAAGAAAAAUGUGAAGAAAAUGAAAUGCAAAAUGAUAUGCAAAACGAUAAUGAAUAUAACAGCACUCAUACCCUUAAGGACACAGACAUUGAUAAUGAAUGGGGAAUCACUAUCAUGCAAAAAAAUCACGAAGAAAUGCAUUUAAAAGAACACGAGGAAUAUAUUCAAAAUAAAGCUAUUACGAAUCGAUUGUGUAAAGGUAAUGUCCAUCAAGAAGAUGGAAGGGAGUGCGAUGAGUUGUAUUACCGAGUUCGAAGUGAAUGUUUAGGACCGAUAUCUUCUCAGAAAGAAUAUGAUCCUAGACAUCCAUAUCAACGGAUACCUGUAGGAGUGACUACGUAUUAUAGUCCGACAAUGCUACAAGGGAUGGGGAAGUUAUGUGAAGUUCCGUGGAAGACGAAUACACCGAAAGUUGAUAGUCGGUAUAGGUUUCAGGGGGGAUACUAUUGUAUGGUUAACAGGGCAGAUGGGAAGGCGAUUCGAGCGAAUAAAAACGAGGAAGAGGAGAUGAAUGAGACGAAAAUUCAAAGGGAGAACGAGAGGAAAAAAAAAGUGAAGGAGAAGGAGCGAAGUGAGAAGAACAGAAAACAAGGGAAAGACGAAGAGGAGAAAGAAGUGAAGAAAGCGACGAAAAAGAAAACGACUAGAAAAGAAGAGAAGGAGGACAGCGAUGACUUGAAGGAAGUUGAAUACGUCGUGGACGACAAGAAACACGAAGUUAAGAUGUUGGUCACCCGACAUAAGAAAAUGGUCGACCCGGAAGUGCUCGAAGAAGAGAAAAGAAACGAGGAAAAAUAUCGAAUGGAACAAAAGGAAAAGAAGAAACAAAAGAAGUUUGAAAUUAUGAAAAGAAAGGUCGAAGCUCAGAUUGAAUUAAGAAAUAAAAAGAACAAGAAAGGCAGAAGAGCAAAGAAAUGA